AUGGAUGCUAAACAUUCCCCUAGCUCAGUUGUCCCUACGGGCACAGCGGGCACAGCGGGCAAGAACAAGCAUCGGACGAACUCCUUGCUGGCGGAGGAAAGAUCGAUCCGAAAUGGAGACCAAGAUCUCUUACAGGGAGAGAAAGUAGACGAGGUUCUUGCUGCCAAGAUGGCACUCAUCAAUGAUACUAUUGAUGAGAUUGGUUUCACACCUCACCACUGGAAACUGUUUUGCCUGAACGGAUUUGGGUAUGCAGUUGACUCUCUCAUUGUCUUGAUCCAGUCCAUCAUCUCGACCCAAGCCAGGUUGGAGUUCAAACCAUCAUAUUCCACCGGGCUCACCAUCGCAGUUUAUGUCGGUAUGUUGGUGGGCGCCAUUUUCUGGGGGUUUUCGGCGGACAUUAUCGGCCGGCGGUUUGCCUUCAACUUCUCCCUGCUUGUUUCGUCGAUCUUCACUAUCGUCGCGGGGGCUGCUCCCUCUUGGGUCACCUUGGGUUUGUUUGUCUGUCUGAGCGCCUUUGGUGCUGGCGGAAACCUAGUUCUGGAUACCACGGUCUUUCUCGAAUAUCUUCCCGGCAAGGAACAGUGGCUGCUGACACUCAUGGCGGCGUGGUGGGGUCUGGGUCAACUCAUCGCAGGUCUGUUUGCUUGGGCAUUUCUUCCCAAUUUCUCCUGCAGUGACGCAGCUACAUGUACUCGUGACAACAACCAGGGAUGGCGCUAUGUAUGGUACACGUCCGGCGCCUUGGUGUUUGUUCUCUCCAUCCUCCGUGUGACCAUUAUCCGCCUUGAAGAAACCCCCAAGUUCCUCAUUUCCGAGGGCAAAGACGAGCAAGCAGUAGGGGUUCUACGCAACAUUGCCAAUCGACAUAAUCGCCCAUGCAGUCUCACCAUCGAGAAGCUUCAGACAUGCGGACAAAUCGCUCAUCGCAGGGCUCCAGGAUCUGGUUGGUUUGUGCGGCUCAUCUCCCUAGGCGAAGUGUCGUUUCAUCUCCGUGGACUACUUGCGACUCGCAAAAUGGCCCUGUCAACAUCCCUGGUCUGGCUCUCAUGGCUCCUCAUCGGCCUCGCCUAUCCGCUUUACAACGUGUUUCUCCCCACCUAUCUUGCAUCGCGGGGCGCAACCUUCGGACAGAGCAGCCCAUAUAUUACCUGGCGGAACUAUGCCAUCAACAAUACCUGUGGUAUCUUUGGUCCUGUUCUGGCAGGAUUCAUGUGUCGCUCGCCCUGGUUUUGGGGCCGUCGGGGAACUAUGAUCAUCGGAGCUGUGGUCACCAUGAUUUUCUUUUUCUGUUAUACGCAAGUGCGCACUGCGGAUCAGAAUUUGGGCUUUACGUGCGCUAUUUCUUUCUGCUUGAAUGUUUACUAUGGUACCCUAUAUGCUUACACCCCGGAGGUCUUUCCCUCUGCCCAUCGGGGCACAGGAAAUGGUGUUGCUAUUGGGCUCAAUCGGAUCAUGGGAAUUGUCAGUGCCGUUGUCGGCCAGGCGGCAAAUACCAGUACGCCCGUGCCUAUUUAUAUAUGCGCUGCCCUUUACAUUGUGAUGGCGAUUGUUGCUGGAGCCUUACCUUUUGAACCGUAUGGCCGACGAAGCAGCUGA